CCCGUCUUCCCUCUCAUUGGAGAGCCUGCGAGCGGAAGUGGUGCCGUCGUUGUAUCGGGGCGGGCGCUAUGGCGGAGCUCGGGAGGUGGAGGUGAACUGUUUUUGGCAGAAGAAUAACAUAGAUUUCCCAGCUUGAUUUCUGUAAAGUGAUUAAAAUCCUGAAGUACAUUGAGAAGAAAACCAUGAAGAGUGGAGUGGCACAGGUUAACUCUGGUUCCAGUUAUGAAAGGAGAGAAGCAUCCAGUCCUCGCCAGAGAAGUUCUUCUCCAGAAGACAGGUAUGCAGAGCGUGGAAGAUCUCGGUCACCACAAGGCAAAAGUUAUUCCAGCCAUAGUAGACCUGACCGGGAACAUUCAGAAAGGGGACGUUAUAGUGACAAACACUCAGAAUCAAGGGGGAGAGAGAGACAAGAAAGAGAGAGGGAAUCUGACCGAGUAAGGUACAGGAAAUCCCCUUCCCCUGACAAAAGAAAUGCUAUGGAGAAAUCAGCUGUAUCUCAUGAUGAGCCGCCUCCAAAGAAGAAGAAGGAAGGUUUGGAUCCAAUUCUUACCCGCACUGGGGGUGCCUACAUUCCUCCAGCAAAGCUUCGGAUGAUGCAAGCACAGAUCACUGAUAAGAACAGCUUGGCAUAUCAAAGGAUGAGUUGGGAAGCACUGAAAAAAUCCAUCAAUGGUCUUAUCAAUAAGGUGAAUGUUUCAAAUAUCGAGAAUAUUAUCCAUGAACUUCUUCAAGAAAAUAUUGUAAGAGGAAGGGGAUUACUUGCAAGAUCAAUUUUGCAAGCCCAGAGUGCUUCACCAAUCUUCACUCAUGUUUAUGCAGCAGUUGUCGCAAUCAUUAAUUCAAAAUUUCCAAAUAUCGGAGAACUGAUUCUCAAGAGGCUCAUUUUAAAUUUUCGUAAAGGAUACAGAAGAAAUGAUAAGCAACUGUGCCUAACAUCUUCCAAGUUUGUUGCACAUCUUAUGAAUCAGAACGUGGCCCAUGAGGUGUUAUGUUUGGAAAUGCUCACAUUGCUUCUGGAGAGACCAACGGAUGACAGCAUUGAAGUAGCCAUUGGGUUUCUGAAGGACUGUGGUCUCAAGUUGACUGAAGUGUCUCCUAGAGGUGUUAAUGCCAUUUUUGACCGGCUUCGUCAUGUUCUGCACGAAUCGGAAACUGACAAACGAGUUCAGUACAUGAUAGAAGUUAUGUUUGCUGUGCGUAAAGAUGGGUUCAAAGAUCACCCAAUAAUUCCAGAUGGACUGGAUCUUGUGGAGGAGGAGGAUCAAUUCACCCAUAUGCUGCCUUUAGAAGAUGAAUAUAAUCCAGAUGAUAUUCUUAAUGUGUUCAAGAUGGAUCCUGAUUUUGUGGAGAAUGAAGAGAAGUACAAAACGCUGAAAAAAGAAAUUCUUGACGAAGGUGAUAGUGACUCAGGAUCUGGUGAAGAUGUUGGAAGCAGUGAAGAAGAGGAUGAAGACGAGGAGGCUAAUGAUGAGGAUGAGAAUGAAGAAGGACAAAAGGUGACCAUCCAUGAUAAAACAGAAGUUAACUUGGUUUCCUUCCGGCGAACCAUCUACCUUGCAAUUCAGUCAAGUUUAGACUUUGAAGAAUGUGCUCACAAGUUGCUGAAGAUGGAUUUUCCAGAGAGCCAAACGAAAGAACUGUGCAACAUGAUACUCGACUGUUGUGCUCAGCAGAGAACGUAUGAGAAAUUCUUUGGCUUACUGGCUGGGCGUUUCUGUAUGUUGAAAAAAGAAUAUAUGGAAUCAUUUGAAGCCAUUUUCAAAGAACAAUAUGAUACUAUCCACCGGUUGGAAACAAACAAGUUGAGGAAUGUUGCUAAAAUGUUUGCUCACCUUUUGUACACAGAUUCUCUUCCUUGGAGUGUCCUUGAAUGCAUAACACUAAGUGAAGAAACAACUACCUCCUCGAGUAGGAUUUUUGUUAAAAUAUUUUUCCAAGAGCUUAGUGAAUAUAUGGGACUUCCUAACCUUAAUGCAAGGUUGAAAGACGAGACUCUACAGCCAUUCUUUGAAGGAUUGUUACCUCGGGAUAAUCCAAGAAAUACGAGAUUUGCCAUCAAUUUCUUCACUUCAAUUGGUCUUGGUGGGCUAACAGAUGAGCUACGCGAACACCUGAAAAAUGCACCCAAAAUGAUCAUGACACAGAAACAAGAUGUGGAAUCUUCAGAUUCGUCUUCAUCUUCAGAAUCCGAUUCAUCAGGUCCAGAGGAGGAUGCUAGCAGCAGCAGUAGCAGCACUUCAGGGUCUUCUACUGGAUCAUCAUCUGACAGUGAACACAGCAGUGACUCAGAUAUGAAAAGGAGGAAGUCACAAAAGAAGAAGACAUCAAACAGUAGUACCAAGAGGAAACAGGGAAGUAAAAAGAAAGAGCUUGAAAAGAAGAAAGAGAGGAGGGAGCCUGAGAGGGUAAAUGGGGGUGAUCGAAAUUCUGGAAGGAAUGCUGACAGAAAUUCAAGAGACUCAUGUCGAAGAGAUGAAGCCUCACAGAAGGUCUCUUAUGACAGAGAUUAUUCCAGUGACAGAAACAGCUACUGGAGUGGAAAGGACAGGGAUCAUGAAAGACAAAUGCCUUUGGAAAGCAAAACUAGCCACUCUAAACAAAAAAGAGCAGAAAGAAGGAAUUCUUUUUCUGAUGAAGAGAGGAGGGACAGACACCAUACUAAUGACGGUGAACUCCAUAGACGAAGAAGGAACAGAUCAAAGUCAAGAGAGAGACCCCAUAACUAUCCCAGUCCCCGGGAGGAUCAAGAACAAAGCCGAUACCUGGAUCAGUUGAAAGAGUCCAGGAAGGGGGAGGGCCGGCGAAAACACAGGGAGAGCUCUCCACCCAGGCGCAAAUAAUUCUGGUAGAGAGAUUUUGUUGGUGAAAACUGUAUUUUUAUGACAUAUGGAACACUUUUUAAAAGGACCUUUUGUACAAAAUGCCUACAAAUACGUGGAGCCUUCAAUGUUUUUAGUACCCCAUCUUUUUAUGAUCAUUGUUAAUGCUUUAAGCUUUCCGCUAAGCUGAAGCUUAGAGGUCUUUGAAUCCAAGAGAAAUCAAAUCUAGUUUAUUUUGUCAAUAAAAAAACCCUGAACAUU